CAGAGCGACUUUCAAGCAGCUGGCUGGAGGUCCGCCAUAUUGAAAAAUACGUAGAGCAAGGUAAAAGUGGGACCCGAGAGUUACUGUGGUCCUGGGCACAGAAAAACAAGACCAUCGGGGACCUUCUCCAGGUCCUUCAGGACAUGGGGCAUCACCGAGCCAUCCAUCUCAUCACAAACCAUGGGGCCGUCUUGAAUCCUUCAGAGCCAAGUCAGCAGGAAGACAGAUAUCCAAACAUGUUGCCCAAGGAAACAGCCAGUGUCAUAGUGGAUAAUGUUCUUAUUCCUGGACCUAAUGAAAAAGGAAUGUUGCCUAAAGCUUCUAUCAGCUUUCCAAACAUCAUGGAAGGAACCAGAAAUUUCCACAAAGACUUCCUAAUUGGAGAAGGGGAGAUUUUUGAGGUAUACAGGGUGGAGAUUCAAAACCGAACAUACGCCGUUAAAUUAUUCAAACAGGAGAAAAAAAUGCAAUGUAAGAAACAAUGGAAGAGCUUUUUAUCUGAGCUCGAAGUUUUUCUGCUGUUUCGUCAUCCGAACAUCCUGGAGUUGGCUGCGUAUUUCACGGAGACCGACAAGUUCUGUCUGGUUUAUCCGUACAUGAGGAACGGGACGCUUUCAGACAGAUUGCAGUGUGUGGGGGACACGGCCCCACUCUCCUGGCUCGUUCGCAUAGGCAUACUGGUAGGAGUAGCCAGAGCUGUCCACUACCUGCAUACCACUCAGCCAUGUGCCGUCAUCUGUGGCAGCGUGACAAGUGCAAACAUUCUUUUGGACGACCAGUUUCAACCCAGACUCACCGACUUUGCCAUGGCUCACUUGCGGCCCCACCUGGACCCUCAGAGCGCCACCAUCAGCACGACCAGCAGCAGCGGCAGACACCUGUGGUACAUGCCCGAAGAGUACGUGCGGCAGGGGAAGCUCUCCUCCAGAACAGACGUCUACAGCUUUGGCAUCGUCAUCAUGGAAGUCCUGACGGGAUGCCGAGUGGUGUUAGACAACCCCAAGCAUGUCCGGCUGCGUGACCUCCUGGUGGAGCUGAUGGAGAAGAGAGGCCUCGACUCGUGCCUCUCACUUCUGGAUAAGAAAGUGCCGCCCUGUCCUCGGAAUUUCUCCACCAGGCUGUUCUGUCUGGCAGGCCAGUGCGCUGCAACGCGGGCGAAGUUACGGCCAUCAAUAGAGGAAGUGCUGAGUACUCUCGAGCGCAGCCAAGCCAGCCUGUACUUUGCCGAAGACCCCCCCGCAUCCCUGAAGUCCUUCAGGUGUCCGUCCCCUCUGUUCCUGGACAGUGUCCCCAGCAUCCCAGUGGAGGACGACGAGCGCCAGGACCGUCACUCGCUGCCCGCCGGCGAAGGCUCAAGGAAAGACAGCAAGACGCCGAGGGUCCCUUUUGAGUGCAGCCAGUCAGAGGUGACAUUUCUGGGCUCGAACAGAAAGACGGGGGGCCAGGGAGACGCGGACGCUGGCGACACGCCUGGUUCUUCUGGCGAGGAAAGUUGGUCCCCAAAGUGUGUGGUUCUACCCCGGGACUCGCGGGCCUGUGUGCUGCGUGUGGCCCCUUCCCCAGAAGCCCCGGGCCAUGCCGGCGGGAGCCAGCCAGUGACCAACUGCUCCUCCGGGUUUCCCUGGAGUGAGUAAGAACCGUGCGAAAAGCAGUGAAUUCCACCGGCAGAUGAAGGAUCAGCGAGCACCGCCGGGAGCACCGGCCUCAGAGGACGUUGACUGCAUGAGUGACCUCGAUGGCACGGUGGGAAACGCAGACGGGGCUUCUGGAUGCCUCCGGGCCUCCCGCCCAGCCCCCAGUGCAGGGGCGUCCACGAGAUGCAACCAGGCCACACUGCUCGAGGCCGGGAAUUCGGGCUUCAGCCGAACAAAACCAUCACAACCUGCCAGAAGGGAAUGGACUGUGCUGUCUCCGUGUGAGGCCUUAAAGCCUCUGACUCCGGAGAACUUUCUGCUAGAUUCCGUGUCUGGCUUAGCUGGCUUGCAAGGGCUGUAGGCAGCGUCUGAUGUGUAAAUGUGGAUGGACAUUUUGUUAAGGAAUUGCCUUCUUAUCUCAACGGGCCCUUGGCGUUUCUGUUUGUUGCUGUCUGGCCCGCCUGUCUGAAAACCAGUCAGCUGCCCCUUGGCUGCAGCCUGUCUGUGCAGAGCGGAGUUUCCCUCCCGAGAUCUGCAUUUCUGUGUUUGAACUCGUGGGAUGGUUGAUCACAUGUACUACAAAUGAUGUCGUUGUUGGCUGUUAUUACCGGUUUAAAAAAAUAAACGUCCAGACUCUUUGUA